GAGGUGGCCUGCGAGGAGGCGGGGACGCGCCUGUCAGCCCGCUCUGAGGCGGCGGGGACGCGCCUCAGCCCGCCCUGAGGCGGCGGGGCCGCUGUGUCGCGACAUGGGGGACGACUUGGCGUCGGAAGGCGACAUCCUGCUUCAGUCAGAGAAGGAGUUCCAUGAUGCGGCGAAGCGAAAUGAUACAGCCAGGAUGGAGGAACUCAUCAGGAGAGGAGUUGACAUCAAAGCCAAAAACAAUGCGGAGCGGACUGCCCUGCACUGGGCUGCGGGAGCAGGGAGCGUGGAUGCUGUGCGGCUGCUCCUGGAUCACGACGUCCCUGUGGAUGACGAGGACAGUUUUGGAAUGAAUGCUCUUCUCCUGUCUGCCUGGUUUGGCCACCUCCGUGUCCUGCAGAUCCUUGUCAAUGCUGGGGCCAAGAUUAACCGUGUCAAUAGGAAUGGCAGGAACCUGCUUCACUGUGCAGCUCAGAGGGGACACAUCCAGGUCAUGGAGUUCAUCAUGGAGGACUUGGAGGACAUGUGUGUGGAUGAGACAGACAAGAUGGACAGGACAGCGUUUCACCUGGCUGCAGAGCACGGGCAGCUGGAGGUGGUGGAGUUCCUCCUUCGACUGGGUUGUUCUCACAGUGCCAAAGACAAGGAAGAAAAUAGAGCGUUGCAUUUAGCUGCUAAAAAUGGACACCUGUCUGUGCUGGAGAAGAUUAUAGAUGUCGGAGUGGACCUUGAUGAAAAAAACUCAGAAGGACUCACGGCUCUGCACCUGGCUGCUGAGGGGGGACACAGCCACUGUGUGAAGCUGCUCGUGGAAGUGGGUGCUGAUGUCAAUGCCCAAACCCAGAAAAAGAUGAACUGCCUUCAUUAUGCAGCACUGCACGGCUAUGAGGAGAUAGCCAGGAUCCUCAUGGAUGCAGGAAUCCACACGGAUGCUCUCAAUCAUCAAAAUGCAUCAGCAAUGCACAUCGCAGUCCUGCAGAACUUCCCAGCCAUGGUGAAGCUCUUCAUCAGUGCAGAGUGUGACCUUGACAUUCCAGAUAAUAGGCAGCAGACCUCACUCCACAUCGCUGCAGAGCACGGCAGGCAGGACAUUGCUGAGAUGAUUCUCAUUGCAGGAGUUAACCUGAAGCUAACAGACAAGCAAGGGAAAACAUCUCUGGAUGUUGCUGCUCGAGGCAAUCACAUCAUCUUGGUGGACAUGAUUAUCAAAGCUGAUCGAUUUUACAAAUGGGAGAAGGACAACCUGAACAGCGAGUCCGGCUCAUGGGUGGCAAAGCACUUGACCUUUAAGCAGGAUCACAGGCUGGAAACACAGCACAUUCGCUCAGUCAUGUGGAGAUUAGCCACUAAGUACCUCAAACCUGGGGAAUGGAAGAAGCUGGCACAUUACUGGAAAUUCACGAAUGACCACGUUAGGGCCAUUGAGCAACAGUGGACAGGCACUAAAAGCUACAGGGAACACGGGCACAGAAUGUUGCUGAUCUGGCUCCAUGGUGUAAUCACUGCAGGAGAAAAUCCAAUCAAGGGACUGUACGAAGGCCUGGUGGGGAUCGGGAGAGGAGAUUUAGCAGGUUUGAUAAAUGAAGAGAUCCUGCCAUGGCUUUAUUGUUCUGUGCAGCAGAUCAUUCUCUCUUACAGAAAGUAUCAGGAAAAAAGCAAACGCAGACUCCACCUCUCCACGGAAGUGCACAGCAAUGUAGCACCAGGGGCAUCCUCAGCUGGUCUCACAGCCACAGCAGAAACACUUCUCUGCUGCUGAGAGAAGGCAGAUGCAACCUAAGGGCUUCUUGUCACAAACUGCUGGCACAGCUGCACCCUACUGGACAGGAAAUGACAAGGGUAAAACAAAUGCUCAUGGUCAAAAACGCCUCUACACAGAAGGGAGAUUUUUAUCAGCAAUUUCAAACGGCCUGAGCCCCCUAAUGAGUUUGGUGAGCAAGCCUUACUUGUCAUACUGCAUCAGGAGAUAGUACAGUUCUACUGUAACUUGUCUACAGCACAGUUUUGUAUAUAAAUUUUCAAUUGUCAAGUGUUUAAGUUACUGAGGGCAAAGGCUUUGUUCUCAGGAAUGUUCUUUACUUACCUUAUUUAUUCCCACCAUAAGAAGAGAACUUAAGCAAAAUCAAAGCCACUCUGGUCCUUUUGGAACCUGAGGGGAUCUUUAAUGCUUUGACUCUUCACAAAAGGUUUGAGAAGAGUAUUAACAUAUGCUGUUUAUAAAUGUACAUGAACAUGUAUGUUUAUAAAUCAAAUAGGUGACUCUGACCAUUUCAAAACAUCUUUUGUCAUGUAAUCCUUCAUACUUAUUUUUUACAGUAUCUCAAGGGGGAAAUAAUGUCUGUAUUUCAAUAAAUCUAGAUUUUACCCUUUAAA